UUCGGGGUGAGUCACGCUUGCGCAAGCCGCGUGCACUUAGCGAAGCUAGAACGGCGCGCAACAAUCAUGCGAGCUUCAGUUUUCACCAAGUUCUCGUCGGGGUUGAACGAUCGUCGCUCGGUUCAUCUUUCGACAAUCAUCGUGAGAUUACUUCGCCCGUGAAAAACGAAAAUUUCAUCUUCGUGUCACGCAUCUUCGGGUCGUGAUCCCACGUGUUAGUCGAUGAGAAACAACGCCAAGAUUUCGUAUGAAAGUUCUUCUCCAUCCACGUGAGAAGCUUCACCCUCUGUACCGCUAUCCCUUGAUCUUCCUACGCGUUUAGAUACAGUGUAUCCAAAGAAGAACCGCUGACUUUUUACAUUUUAUAAAAACGUCUUUGGCGAACGUCGAAUAUCACGACAGUUUCAACAACUUUCUACGUUCGUCUCCGCGUUUCGUCAGCGCAAAGAUCGGAAGAUCUGAUCAAAAGCGAACGCUUUGAACUUCUCAGCCUUUUCUUGUCUUGUCUUCUUUUUUUCUGCAGUUAGAAUUUCUAUCUAAGAUCGCAAAGAUUUUGCCGUUUUCGUCGCUGUAGAGUCGAACGAAAGACAGAGAACGGUGAUUUUCACAAAUUUUUCGUUUCUUUCCUUUUCGGGGGAGUUUUCUUUUGUUUUUUUAUUUGAGACUCGAAGAGUUUCGCGAUUUCGUGGCGAAUUUUGACGAGACAACGAAUGAACGAGAGAUGGAGAAAAAUGUGUAGAGAAGACGCGAGUUAAAUUGUUACGAUUUCUUAAAAGACCGAGUGGUGUACUAUAUGGCAACAUCAACCGUGUCGGGACAUCAUGAAGCUGUCAAGGAAAAUUCCACGGAGCUUCUUGAUCGGAUUUCCAUGAAUAGUUGCCCGCCAAGUAGUUUUCCAGACAAUUUUCAAGACUUCUUCGCCGCUCUUAACGAAGACUCGGACGAUUUGCCCAGCAUGCUCGAGGAUAAGUUGAUACCCAGAAAACAGGAGGCCUCGAACUCCGACUCGAAGAGCAGACGAUGGAGCAAAAGGGCGUUUCAGAGGAGAAGCAGCGAGGUGGAGGUUCGUCUGCAUCGCACCUCUUUCACAGGAUCCCAAGGACACUCGAGCGUCGAUGGUCCAAAGUCGCCGACUCCAUCGAGACGUCGUAGCUCUAGCAUAGCGGUAGCCAGGCCGACUCCUGACUUGCACAGGAAACUAGUUGGCCCUUUUUUACACCACAGUAUCAUACAGUUUCUACAAGCAGAAACCGGCCCUUGGGGUCAUUUAUCGCCCUCGCCGAGGAGUCCCACAAGAACCCCGGCCAUAAGUCCUGGAACAGCGUCCUCUUCGUCUCACUUGAGUCCAGGCACGAGCCCAGGUGGACCAAGUCCAACUAGCCCAGCUGGUACAGCUGGUUCAGCGUCAGGAUCCCGAGCUCCAGGACCAAAGCAAUAUCGCGGAAGGACCAGCAGUAUGCCGGCGGUUCCACGACACAGACCGAUGCUCGCUGAAACGAAACGCGGUGGCGCCAGCGGGGCCGAUGAGGGAGAAGAAGAUGGAGUGGAAUAUUACAGGCUCAGGUCGUUUUCCAUAACAGCGAAUGGGGUCUAUAACCUCGGCGAUUCGCUGAAGAGCCGACGUAGCAAGAGUAUCAACAGCGUCACAUCCUCUGGCACUAGCUGCAGCAGCACCAGGGAGGCCAGGUUAUUGAGCUCGGCGUCACAGCUUUCAGGCAUGGAAGCAGAGGAAGACACGAGCAACGAACGAGUGGCCACUUAUAAAGUCGGCAUGCUGGGUGCAUCCGGGGUUGGGAAAACCGCCCUCACCGCCCAGUUCACCACCAGCGACUAUAUUUGCGCCUAUGACACUUCCCUGGACGAGGAAUACGGACAGAAAAGUGUUUCCGUGAUGCUCAAUGGCCAAGAAACAGAAUUAGAAAUCAUAGAUCACCCCACGGCGGAGAUGUCGGUGGAAACGUUCUGCUCGACGUACAAUCCGGACGUUUUCGUGGUGGUUUACUCAGUGGUGGACAGGCGUAGCUUGAAAAUGGCCGAAGAUACGUUGAUGUAUCUAUGGAAGAGCGAUUAUAUGGCUAGUCGUGGCGUGAUUCUCGUCGGCAACAAAGUCGAUCUCGAGAGGAAACGGGAGGUUCCAUCCGUUGUUGGCCGACGUUUGGCGAACAACUGCGGCUGCAAGUUCAUCGAAACCUCGUCAGGACUUGCCCAUCACGUGGACGAGCUGCUGGUCGGCAUCCUAGCGCAGAUUAAGCUGAAUCCACAACGGGACCGCGACCAGGCAACCAGACGAAGAAGAAGCAAGCAUCGUAGAAGAAUCUUGAAACACCUGUUGGGCUUCAAAAGGAAAACGAAAAGCUGCGAGGACCUGUUCGUCCUCUAACGUUUGCCCGGCUCGAAGUAACGAUUAAGAAUACGUGAAAAUUAGGUUUGUCGAUCGUCUGAUUCUUCUUUUCUGUGUACGUGAGAAUCGAUAUAUAGGAUGUAUAAAAAAAAAUGCUGAGAUUAGACCUAAGGAACAUGUAGUAGUCGUUAAAAUAAAGAAUAAGAAAAGCAUCUUAUAAAUAGGGCGCGGAUAUUUAUGCGAGCAUAUUUUUAUGAAUACAAUAAGAUAAAAGUGUUAUCUAGAUAGACAGUUAAUUUUAUUUACUAAACGUUACCAUGUAUUUAUUUGUGCGUCUUUGCUUAUUACGUGGGAUUUUGCGUAUUUUGCCGCUAGCUUUCGAUAUUUUCAAUUCCACGUAAACGCAUAACAAUCCGCAACGUACUUGUAAAUAUAGAUACGAAAAUCAUUA